AUGCGUUCAAUAAUAUAUAUUGCUUACACGAACUCUGAUGGGAAUUUUAUCUCUGCUGCGGACUUUGAGACAUCAGUUGAAUAUCAGCAAGAACUAGUACCAGAGGAAAAGGUCAUGAAAUCUGGGGAAUUCUUUCGUAAUGAAAGACAAUCCUAA